CUCCAGCCCCCAUGGGUUGGGUUUCAAACCACGUUUCUUAGGACUCGCUCUUUUGUAAUAAUGAUUCGCGUUGUUGUUUUCAUGGAGAGAUCAAAAGAAGGAGGAAACUAUGCCCACAGAGGGAGAGAAAUCUCCCGAGGCAGAGAAUAACAACAAUAAUAAUAAAAAAGGGAAAACUGGAGGCUCACAGGAUUCUCAGCCUUCACCUCUAGCUUUGCUAGCAGCCACUUGCAGCAAAAUAGGAACUCCUGGUGAGAAUCAAGCAACUGGACAACAGCAGAUUAUUAUAGAUCCAAAUCAAGGUUUGGUGCAGCUUCAAAAUCAGCCACAACAGUUAGAAUUAGUAACAACUCAGCUUGCUGGAAACACUUGGCAGCUCGUUGCUGCUGCUCCUUCUACUUCAAAAGAAAAUAAUGUUGCUCAACAGGGAUCUUCAGUUGCUUCCAGUACAGCUAGUCCCUCCAGCAGUAACAAUGGAAGUUCAUCUCCUUCAAAAACCAAACCAGGGAAUUCUUCUGCAACAAACCCUGGACAAUUUCAAGUCAUUCAAGUACAAAACCCAAGUGGCAGUGUCCAAUACCAAGUGAUCCCGCAGGUUCAGACAACAGAAGGUCAACAAAUUCAAAUAAAUCCUGCUACUACUACUGGUCUACAAGAUAUACAGGGUCAAAUUCAGCUUAUUCCUGCAGGGAAUAAUCAAGCUAUUCUCACAACUGCAAAUAGGACAGCUUCAGGAAAUAUUAUUGCUCAAAACCUAGCAAAUCAGACAGUUCCAGUCCAAAUUAGGCCUGGUGUUUCCAUACCACUGCAACUGCAAACUAUUCCUGGUACUCAGGCACAAGUCGUAACAACCUUACCUAUAAACAUUGGUGGAGUAACCUUAGCGUUGCCUGUGAUAAACAACGUGACAGCAGGAGGAAGUUCUGGACAAGUUGGCCAGUCUACUGAGAGCGGAGUUUCCAAUGGAAAUCAGCUAGCAUCUACGCCUGUCACUACUGCCUCCGUCAGCACAAUGCCAGAAUCUCCGUCCUCAUCUUCCACCUCUACAACCACUGCCUCAACAUCUCUAACCAGCGGUGACGCUUUAGUGAGCUCUGCAGAAGCAGGUCAGUACACAAGCACACAGGCGGGCAGCAGUUCAGAGCAGACGGCUGAAGAACCUCAGACAACUGCUUCGGACUCUGAAGCCCAGAGCUCCAGUCAGCUCCAGUCAAAUGGACUACAGAACGUUCAGGAUCAGUCAGGUUCCCUUCAGCAGGUCCAAAUUGUAGGCCAGCCUAUUCUACAGCAAAUACAGAUCCAGCAGCCUCAACAGCAGAUUAUUCAGGCUAUUCCUCCACAGUCAUUUCAGCUCCAGUCAGGGCAAACUAUACAGACCAUCCAGCAGCAGCCUUUGCAGAACGUUCAGCUGCAGGCGGUGAGUCCCACUCAGGUGCUCAUCAGGGCUCCCACUUUAACACCAUCAGGGCAAAUCAGCUGGCAAACUGUACAGGUUCAGAAUCUACAGAGCCUUUCCAAUCUUCAAGUUCAAAAUGCUGGGUUACCCCAACAACUAACCAUUACCCCUGUGUCUUCAAGCGGCGGCACAACUAUUGCUCAGAUUGCACCAGUGGCUGUUGCUGGUACCCCAAUCACUCUGAACGCUGCCCAGCUUGCGUCGGUCCCUAAUCUCCAAACAGUAAGUGUUGCCAACCUGAGUGCUGCAGGUGUCCAAGUUCAAGGAGUUCCAGUUACCAUUACCAGUGUUGCAGGUCAACAGCAAGGACAAGAUGGAGGAGUAAAAGUACAGCAAGCCACAAUAGCCCCUGUAACUGUAGCAGUAGGUGGCAUUGCUAAUGCAGCAAUUGGUGCUGUUAGUCCUGAUCAGAUAACACAAGUGCAGCUGCAGCAAGCUCAACAAGCUUCUGACCAGGAAGCACAACCUGGCAAGAGAUUGAAAAGAGUUGCCUGCUCAUGUCCUAACUGUAGAGAGGGAGAAGGAAGAGGUAGCAAUGAGCCAGGAAAAAAGAAACAGCAUAUCUGCCAUAUUGAAGGAUGUGGAAAAGUUUAUGGCAAGACAUCUCAUCUUCGGGCACACCUGCGUUGGCACACCGGUGAAAGGCCAUUUAUAUGCAACUGGAUUUUUUGUGGCAAGCGGUUUACAAGGAGUGAUGAGUUGCAAAGACAUAGAAGAACCCACACAGGUGAAAAGAGAUUUGAGUGCCCGGAAUGUUCUAAGAGGUUUAUGAGAAGUGACCAUCUCUCAAAACAUGUCAAAACUCACCAGAACAAGAAGGGUGGUGGAACAGCUCUUGCUAUUGUUACCUCGGGAGAACUGGACUCCUCCGUUACUGAGGUUCUUGGUUCUCCAAGAAUUGUCACUGUUGCUGCCAUUUCUCAAGAUUCAAACCCAGCAACCCCUAAUGUUUCAACAAACAUGGAGGAAUUCUGAAAGGAUCAUUUGUACAGACACCUAGUGCUGCACUUAAGUUUACAUGCCUUUCAGGAUAUGGAAGUGGGCUGGUAAAGUGGAUGGAUGACAGAGCAGGAAAUCAUGUUUUCAGUCUUGACUUCUCUAAGUGUUCCAGGUUGGAGGGUCAGCAUGGAAAGUGUACACUGGUGCAACAGGAAAAAAAAUUCAAAAAUACAAACAACGCAAAUUGAUGAACUGGAUAAACAGAUGGGGGAAUAUUAUUUCCAUACUGUACUUUUUUAGUUAUAUAUCUGUAUAUCAUGUAAUGAUUUUAAAUGAACUUUUCCUUCUAUUUUAGCAUUGUAUGUUAAUAUGUUUGUAAAAUCAGAUAAUGUCAGUGUAAAACAGGGUGAACCUUGACGAGGAUGGAUAUCAUUUGAUGAAGGUACUUCAUUUUUAAUACAGAUUUGUAAUAUUUUCAUGGGAGCAUCCUUUUCCCGUAAGGCACAACAAAACUGAAUACAGAUUGAGUUAUAACUGAAGGAUUUUAUUUUUUUGCUCACAGAACAUGUCAAUUGAUUUUGGCCGUCUUUUCUCACAUUUUGGAAUUACUCAAAAAGCAGCUGGACAAUGCAUGCUGCAAAAUGCAUCUGAGGUAGGCCUCAGAUAAUAUUGGCCACUACAUUAUAGUAGUGUGUAUAAAAGACAAUCAGUGAAUUCUAAUCCCUCUCUUUCUUUGGAGAGCUAAGGUUAUGUAGAAUUAGUGUAUACAGUAGGAAAAACUAAACUGUAGAAAGAUAUUAACAUAAAAUUUUACAAAAAUAAAGGUAUCUAUGUAGGAUGAAAAUUAUUAUGACAACUUGUAUGUCAAUUUUUGGUAUUUCAUUUCAUUAUAUUUUAAAACACCAGUGGUCCAUUUCUAACUUGUAGGUAACAUGAAACAUAAAAACUCAACCUUGAAUACUUAAUUGUUUUAAUUUUGUUAGAAUUCAUGGACAUUAAUCAGAGAAUUGUCUCCGUGACUGUUGUAGCUCAUUCUCCAGCUUCUUCUUCCUGUAAAUACUAGUUAUUAUAUUGUGGUUAAUGUGCUGAGUUCUUUAUGCUUUGACUUAAUAGCCAAAGAAAAGAAUUAAUUAUCACAUUUUAACCAAAA